UUACGGAUGCUGCGACCAACGUGCACAAGUCGUGAUAAUACGCGAGUUCUCGAAAUGAAGAUAGUGAUGAUGAUGAAUUUGACAAUACAACGUAUAGGGUUGUGCUACUUGAGCAAUAGCCAUAUACCAAAGCAACAUUACUGCCUGUGAUGAGAAGUACGCCCACUUUGAAAUAUGGAAAUGACGACAGCUGAUGGGAAGGAGGUGUUUGAGCCGACGAGGAGAAAACGCAGAAGAAGGCUGAAUGUCAGACCAGCAUUAAGAUGGAGUUGCGCAAUGCUACUGGUUUUAGCAAUCAAAAUACCAAUGGUAAUGAGUAAUUGUGAACUCGCGGAAUUGGCAUGCCGUGAUGGUCGAUGCAUACCGUUGGAUGCUUAUUGUAAUGGUCGUGACGACUGUGGUGAUGGCAGUGAUGAACCAGCUCUUUGUACUCCUUGCAAUCGAACGUAUCAUGGACAGGAAGGUCGAACAUAUGAACUGGAUUUACCACGACCAAAUCAAGUGAGACUGCCAUUUCUCUGUCAUUUGACCUUUACAGCUGGUGGACCAGGUCAUGGAGAAUUGGUUCAAUUGCUCUGGGAUGCAUUUAGCAUCGGUCGCCUCGAGACAGUCAAUGGCGAUACCAAUGAACCAUUUUAUUCAAGCUGUCCAGAAGGGUCUCUUCAACUGGCAGAACUUGGGAAACCUUUCACAGGCGGCUCAUGGUGUGGUACCGGCGAGGGACGGGCUUCUUAUUACAGUGAGACUAGUACAGUCACGGCAUCAAUUAGACUUUUUCAUGCACCCUCCGACGUGCCGUUUGAAUUCCGAUUACGUUAUCGGUUCAUUGGUCGGAAUGAUGCCAUAGCACGUCUCGGUCAACCAGGCUUAACAAUAGAACGUGGUUCACCGGUUCCAGGUACUUAUUGUUCACGUAAUUUUUAUGAAUGCCAUAAAAAACAAUGCCGCGUUCAAAGCCCCAAUUACCCGGGGGAGUAUCCAAGAAAUGCAAGUUGUCUCAUUACUGUGAGGCAAAAAUUCGUGCCGACAUGUAAGCACGCGAUGAUAUCCAUUAAAGCAGGCAGUGGACCGAGUACCAUUAAAGCUGGAUCAUCAAUUCUUCAGGGUUUCACUAGCACUUCUUUAUCGUCUUUCAACAACAGCUAUAACUAUUCUACAGCCACUGAUCUCCAUGAUAAUAGUUCAUUAGCUACAAAUAACUCGAGCAAACUCAGCGUUUGGCAGGAUUGCCCUCCAGAGAAGGAUCGUUUAGUGUUUCGUGAUGGCCCGAAACUUGAAGAUGCCAUACUUCUUGUCUAUUGUGGCGGACCAUUACCUAGAAUUACAGCACGGGGACCAACGAUGUUAAUUGAAUUCCGUAGCUCACCUCUUGCCAUCCCUCUUGGCUCAUCACCCUUGCGUAUUGAACUUGAAGUUCCUGUUGUUUAUGUUGAUUCUGACGGUCUUGAUUACGCUCGAGGUGAUCAAGGAUGCUACUUCUUUAUCAAUGCCACUGUUAAACGAAGUGGAAUUCUUCGUGCACCUCAACAUACCCUACCACUUGGUUCUAUCUGUACCUGGAACAUUAGAGGCACUGUUGGUGACCGAGUUUGGCUGUAUUUUUCCUCAUUUAUUCAAAGAGAUUUAACCGGCGGUCUCGAUAACAAUGCAAGUACCUUUCAACAAAGUGAAAAUCUUCAGUGCGCUAUUAAAGUGACUCUCUGGGAUGGUCCACCUAAUACAGGUGUCUCUAUUGUUAGUCUUUGUGAUGGAAUUCCUAGAUUGUGUGCUCAUGCAGCUUUAAGAAAUUCUACUAGGUCCACUAGACCUUGCACGCCACAGGAAAGCUAUUUAACUAUCACGCCAACCCUUACAUUGAGGAUGGAAGCUCCUCUUGGAACUGCUCUUCGUACCGUCAAUUUUCAGGCCCGUUAUGAAUUUAUAUCAACUUUGCAAGGCGGUGAACCUUGGGGGGAUGGAGUGUGCAGUAGAAUUUGGCGACGAGUAUCAAAUGGGGAAGUUUCAUCACCUCGUGAUGUUCGUCUAUUUGGAAGAGGUGGCCAGUCUAAAAUAAGCUGUACUUAUAGAAUAGAAGCUGGUUCUGGUGAACGCAUUAGACUUACAAUUCAUAAUGUAAGUCUCGGUGAUGCGACUAAUUGCAUUAGCGAAUUAGAUCCUCAUUCUGGUCGACCAAGAUGUCUCGCUGAUGCUGGAACUCGAGAUGCAAACUUAAAUCUAUAUGAAGUACCAUGGCGUGAUGUUAAAUUACCGCGAGCUUGUCUCUGCGAUAAUACUUCUCACUUGCCUCUAACUUACAUAUCCGUUAGCAAAGCUUUGGAAUUAAAAUUUACAGUGAGUGAACAAGCCCCUUAUGAAGACUUCGAGACUCUGUUCUUCUAUGCGAAUUUCGAGCUCAUUCGGGUCCCUGAAUGCCCCAGAAAGCAACGACUACGAGGAGAGGGCGGAGAGUUGAAAUUUACGGCUCCACCAUUGUCCAGGCCAGACAUUUACUGUGAAGGAAUGCCAUGGCUCGUUGAAGCCAGAGAUAACAGAUCUCUUUUUGUGUUAACCUGGGGAUGGUUUCUACCUAUAGACUCAUCAUCAGGAACAUCAUCAGCUGUCGCUGCAUCGUCUUCACAACAUCAAGUACCUUCAUCAGAUUCAUCAGAAUCAUCAACUAAGUGUCCAACAUCAAAUAGACUUCUCCUUUAUACUGGAUGGCCAACAAAACUGUUGAAAGUCGUUUGUCCAGUAGACCCAAAUACUCGAGAAUCUACAGUCCAUGUUUUCUCUGAAGAAUGGAGAAUCGCUGCAGGUGAUGCUGAUGAACAUUGGCUAGCUCCUCCAAGGCCAGCAGCACUUGUUAUUGAAUUUAUUGCUCGUGAACCUGGACAAGCUACUGCAUCUUGGUUAGAAAUAUCCAAAAGUCGGUCUGCUUUGCAUCGACAAUUACGUCUUCCUGGAAGAACUUCUGAUAAUGAUACAACUAGUACAGAUUGUCUUUAUACUUGUCCUGAACUUGGUGCUUGCAUAGCUGAAGCUUUAUGGUGUGAUGGACAUACUCACUGCCCCUCAGGUCACGAUGAAGCAAAUUGCGGAAGUGGAGCCCGAUUGUUAGGUCUACUUCCACCAGGAAUGUGGCUAGUUGUGGCCGGUGUUGCCGGAAUUGUUACUGCCUUUGCGUGUCUGCUAACAAUACUCAUUUGCAAAUCAAAAGCUCGUGCCAAGAGGCUUUACAAUGACGAUCUUAAGAGAUCUAAUGGUAGGCCACGAAGAGCUCCUACUGAAGAAUCCCUCCUAGGCUCUUGACAACAAUCUCCCGGCUUCGUGGAAUAUAUUCACGUCGACCGGGAGACAACGGUUUAGUGUGUAACUUUUUACACGUCGUUCCGUGCAAUUUUGCCGUCCUGUAAUUUAACUCGGCGUAUGUUCACGAUAAAUAAUGACUUGUCACGACGAGGAUCAUAAUUAUGGAUUUGCACGAAACGCAUAUGACAUGUGUAUAUGAACCCUCAUAUAGAUUUUGAAGGGAAAAAAUGCACUUCCAGAAAGAGAUAUAAAUUUUCCACCAACAUAAUUUUAUUUAGAGUUUAAAUAAUACUUACAUAAAAGCCCGUGAGUACUUGAGAAUUUUUUUUUUCUGUAAAA